CAGCCUCCGGCCCCGGAUCCCUCUCCAUCUGGACCAGCCCUUGUUCCCUUCCUUCCCGAUCCCACCGGAGUCUUGACAAACGGCCCAAACGCCGGGCCACUGCUUGGAGUGACUGCCCAGCCGACCGAGCAAGGCUCUGCACAGAGGCUCCCACACAGGGCGCGGGCGCGCGCAUGGGCGGGGCCUCAGCCUCGGGUCCCGCCCAACCGUCACGCGCUUCCUCUUCCGACCAGAGGCGGGGCCGCGGCGCCCGCGGGAAACCCGGGCGUGCUGUGUCCUGCUAGGUGCCGCCGCGGGAAAUGGCAGCCAGAGAGAGGCUGGUUCUGCGGCCCUGGAUUCGAGAGCUCAUUCUGGGGUCAGAGGCACCCUCAAGUACACAGGCCGGGCAGCUACUCGAGGUCCUGCAGGAGGCCAAGGCCGAGGCCCCAGGCUCGUCCAGCGCUCCUGACGCGUCCGACGUCGGGGCCAUGUUGCUUGUUUCCGACGGAACCCACAGUAUCCGAUGCCUGGUGACGCGGGAGGCCUUGGACACCUCAGACUGGGAGGAGAAGGAGUUCGGCUUCUCGGUGACGAAGGGCCGGCUGCUGCUGCUGCGGGACUACGGGGUGCGCGUCCAGGUCGCUGAAGGCCGGGCGUCCGCAGAGUUCUAUCUCCAGGUGGACCGUUUCAUUGUGCUGCCAAUGGAGCAGCCCCAGGUGCGGGUGACUGAUUGCAACCAGGACUCGGCUGUUCAGAGAAAGCUCUGUGCCUGCCUUGAGGAGUACCUUUCAGAGUCUACCACCCCCAGUGCAGGCCUAUCACUGUCCCAGCUUCUGGAUGAGGUGCAGGAAGAUCAGGAGCAUGAGGGGGCGCUAGUGCGCCUGGCUGAGAGCUGCCUGCAGCUGGCAGGUCCUCGCACAGCACCCCCUCCUCUCACCGGCUGGGCUGCCUUACGCUGUGAGGCCACGGAGGAAACCGAGUACACUGUCCCCAGCGUUUUGCUGCACAUCUGUGAGAAUGACCAGCUAAUUCUUAGCUCUCUGGACCCUGGUCCGAGGACACAUGGCCCUGAGCUGCCCCCACCAGAGCCAGCUCUGCCGGACCUAUCUCUGACCCUGAUCUCUCCUUCUUUCUCAUCUAGUUCCUCAGGAACCCCUCCAUUAUCUGGCCACGUAUCAGCAGAAGAAAGUGGUGCCAGCAUCAGUCUUCUGCCUGCCCUGUCCUUGGAUGCCCCCAACCCUGCCCAGAGGGGCAGCUUCCAGCCCCUACCAGCCAUCUGCUCAGCCCCAGGCUCCCUGCCCCCCAGCUCCCCUAACCCCAGGUGUACAUGUAGCCCCCCACUCCAGAGCUGCACUCACAGUCUCUUGCCCCUUGGCCAUGUCUCCAGUCCACAUAAGGUCUGUGUGACUAUGGCCCAGAAACCUGGCCUGGAAUUAAAGGAGCUGGGGUCGCCCACCAACAACAGGAAGCUUUCUCCAAGGACCAGAACUAGCAAGGGUGUCCAGGAGCCCUGCCCUGUCUGGGACCCCCCAAAGAUGCAUCAUGAUGGUUCUGCCUUCCAGUAUGCGUAUGAGCCACCGUGCACCUCCCUCUGUGCCCAAGUCCAAGCUGCCAGGCUUCCUUCCCAGCUCGUGGCCUGGGCCUUGCACUUUGUGAUGGAGUCACAGCCGGUUUCUGACCUGACCCAGGUGUGAGGGUCAUGCAGGCACAUUGGGGGUGGACAAAUAGUGCUACACACUGUGCUUCCUUUGAGUUUUUUAAUAAAAUAAUCUCAUGCGGCA